CAUUAAGCAAACACUCAUUCUCUCUCAUCAAAAAGUUUUUCCUGUAUCAUUAUCAUUCGUCAAUUUAGAAAUCAUAUAUAGUUGUGAUGUGCAGUUGCAUCAAAGAUAUGAUGAAAAUCUUUAACAAGGGUGGUGGAGAUGAUGAACAACAGAAGAUUGUGAAGGGUAAAGUUGUGCUGAUGAAGAAGAAUGUUCUUGAUUUUAGCGAUUUCAAUGCGUCUCUUGGUGAUAGAAUCAAUGAGUUGUUUGGAAAGAAGAUUUCUCUUCAACUUGUUAGUUCUAUUCAUUCAGAUCCUUCAGACAAAGGAUUAAGAGGGAGAUUAAGCAAGGAGACAUCUUUGGAGAAUUGGAUCACUUCAGCCACCUCUUUAGCAGCUGGAGAUUCAGUUUUUGAUGUGGUUUUUGAAUGGGAAGAAAAGAACAUGGGCCAUCCUGGUGCCUUCAUAAUUAGAAACAACCAUUCCAAUGAAUUCUACCUCAAAUCUCUAACACUUGAACAUGUCCCUGGCCAUGGUAAGGUCCAUUUUGUGUGCAAUUCAUGGGUCUAUCCCGACGAAAAAUACUCCACCGACCGCGUGUUUUUCGCCAAUCAGUCUUAUCUUCCACAUGAGACUCCGGUUGCACUUGUGAGCCUUAGGGAGGAAGAAUUGAAGAAUUUAAGAGGAGAUGAAACUGAUAAGACUAAGAUGCUUCAAGAAUGGGACAGAGUUUAUGACUAUGCCUACUAUAAUGACCUCGGAAACCCUGAUAAGGGCGCAGAGUAUGCUCGCCCAGUUCUUGGGGGUUCGUCUGAGUUUCCGUAUCCUCGAAGAGGGCGGACUAGUCGUCCCCCUGCAAAGACAGAUGCUAACAUUGAGGGUAGAUUGCCACUUCUGUCAAGCUUAAACAUUUAUGUUCCAAGAGAUGAGAGAUUUGGGCAUUUGAAGAUGUCUGACUUCUUGGCUUAUGCACUUAAAGCCUUGGGCCAAUUUCUCUUGCCUGAAUUCGAGGCUCUUUGCGACAAAACCCCAAAUGAAUUCGACACAAUCCAAGACACUUUGGAGUUGUAUGAAGGUGGCUUUAAGUUGCCCGAAGGAAAAUUACUUGACGAUAUUCACAAAUACAUUCCUUUUGAAAUGCUCAAGGAGCUUCUUAGGACCGAUGGUGAAGGCACGUUUAAGUUCCCUACACCCCAAGUCAUCCAAGAGGAUAAGUCAGCUUGGAGAACCGAUGAGGAAUUUGCGAGGGAAAUGUUGGCCGGAGUGAACCCUGUCAUAAUUAGUUUGCUCGAGGAAUUCCCACCAAAAAGCAAGCUAGACCCUUCAAAAUAUGGAAACCAAAACAGCACCAUAACAAAAGAACACAUUGUGCCUAAUCUCAAUGGAUUAUCAGUAGAAGAGGCAAUAAAUCAAAACAAGAUUUUCUUAUUGGAUCACCAUGAUAGUUUGAUGCCAUACUUGAGAAAAAUUAACACAACCACCACAAAGACAUAUGCUUCAAGGACUCUUCUUAUCCUUAGAAAUGAUGGAACUUUGAUGCCAUUAGCCAUUGAACUAAGCCUGCCUAACCCUAAAGGAGAUGAACAUGGUGCCAUAAGCAAAGUCUACACCCCAGCUCAACAAGGUGUUGAAGGUUCCAUCUGGGAUCUUGCUAAAGCCUAUGUGGCGGUUAAUGACUCUGGUGUCCAUCAACUUGUCAGUCACUGGUUAAACACGCAUGCAGUGAUCGAGCCAUUUGUGAUCGCGACAAACAGACAGCUGAGCGUACUUCACCCGAUACAAAAAUUGUUGGACCCUCAUUUCCGUGAUACAAUGAACAUAAACGCAUUUGCUAGGCAAACUCUCAUCAACGCUGGUGGAAUUCUAGAGAAGACGGUUUUCCCUUCGAAGUAUGCGAUGGAGAUGUCGGCUGUGAUUUACAAGAAUUGGGUUUUCACCGACCAUUCCCUUCCCGCAGACCUUAUUAAGAGGGGAGUUGCAGUUAAGGAUGUAAAAGGCAAGCAUGGCCUUCGCCUAUUGAUAGAAGAUUACCCAUACGCGGUUGAUGGGCUAGAGAUAUGGUCGGCGAUUGAAACAUGGGUGGAGGACUAUUGCAGUUUUUACUACAAAACCGAUGAGACAGUUAAAGGUGACAAGGAACUCCAAGCAUGGUGGAAGGAACUUAAGGAAGUUGGUCAUGGAGACAAGAAGAACGAGUUGUGGUGGCCUAAAAUGGAAACAAAGAAAGAUCUAACCGAAACAUGCUCAAUCAUCAUAUGGGUGGCAUCGGCCCUUCAUGCAGCAGUCAAUUUCGGGCAAUACCCAUAUGCUGGUUACCUCCCAAACCGACCCACACUUAGUAGAAGGCUAAUGCCUGAAGUGGGUAGUCCUGAAUAUGAGGAAUUGAAGACAAAUCCUGACAAAAUCUUAUUGAAAACAAUAACUGCUCAACUCCAAACUCUUCUUGGAGUGUCCCUCAUAGAGAUCUUGUCGAGGCAUUCGUCUGAUGAGGUGUAUCUCGGGCAGAGGGAUACACCCGAGUGGACCAAAGAUGUAGAGCCACUUGAAGCCUUUGACAAGUUUGGAAAAAAGUUAGUUGAGAUUGAAAAAAGUAUUGUUGAGAUGAACAAUGAUAAGAAUCUUAAGAACAGAGUUGGACCAGUUCAAGUGCCUUAUACUUUGCUUUUCCCAACCGGUCAAAGUGGGCUUAGUGGAAAGGGUAUACCUAAUAGUGUUUCUAUCUGAUUUCAAACUUUCACAAGCAUAUACAGUAUUCUUUUAUAUUCAUAAAAUUGUAUUUUUUUUUUUGUUAUUGUUGAACAUUGUAAUUGUAUUUCUUUCUUGUAAAAUGUAUUCCACUUUAUUGUCAUAUAUUUGUUUAUAAAAUAAGUUUCUUUAU